UCUUUCCUAUUUCCAAACGACUCUUGGACAAGCAUUAUCCACUUCGUAUUCUUACUACUGUUAUGUAUAUCGCUAUCUCGAUCCGAGUCGCUCCUUUUGCUCAGUUUUCUCCAUUUGUUUUUAUGCCGUGUCAUGUAUUAGCAAUUAAUAUGCUCAAUAUUGUAAACUAUACCGAUUAUGGUACAACUAAAAAUGGUUUCCGGGAAAACUGAAACAAAGAAUUCUUUACUGCUUGCAUAACAAAGGAGAUCGAUCAAAACAUAGCUGUUUUAUUCCUGGAAGACGCGCUUUAAAUAGGACGUGAUUUUUCCUGAUUGGGCGAAACUUGGGUGGCUAGAAAAGGGAAAAGUCCCUACGCCCAAAGGGGUUUUUCCCGUUUUCAAUUUGUUUGUCGAGCUUGCCUUCACAGUAUUUUAUACACGCGUGCUACAUCCCCUUAACACGUGAUCAACCUGUCUAUAGGUCUCAAUCACGCAGUCCCUCUAGUCCUUUGUCGUAGGAGCUGCUGUUGUUAUACUUCUCCGCUGUUUAAAGGUUCAUUCGGCGGUUUCAUAAUUCACACCAGAAGUUGCUCAAUUCACACCUGAAUUUGAAAAGCACACAACACCAAUCUGAGAUGAUUCCUCAAGGCAUCACGCACUUCCGCUUUCGUUCAAGCGUUGUUUUGAUCUUGGUUUUCUUGCUAACGUCUCCAACACAAGUAUCCAGUGAGGCAAAAAGCUGCGCUGCUGUAACGCUGGCCUGGAAUGGCUUCGAGGCAAAACUUCCCCUGGGUAAGGACCCACAGUUUGUGCGCAACCUUGCCGACUGUUUGAAUGAAGUCAAGAAACCAGACAGUGAAAUUCGAGGCAUCAUACAACAGUUACCGGAGGUGAUAGAUAAAGUACUCCCUGUUGCACGGACAGACGGAUUGGUUCUGCUUUCGAUGUAUUUCUUUUACAAGAGCUACUUAUUGUACGACGAGGCAAAGAUCUUGGAGGUAAACGCAAUGAUCUACCGCGAUAAGUUUGAGGCGUUGGAGAAAGAAAUGAAACCGUUCAGAAACUUCAUAGACACCGAGCUUAUUCCACAGUGGGAAGCAGGUAACACUGCUAACUUGGAAAAGAUCGCCGAGGAGUUGCUGAAAAAGAUUGGUCGCCACUCUGUGAGACUCCAAGAGUUGACUCAAGCCAUUCGCCAGGAUAUCAAAACGGGCGGAAGCAAUCAAAGGUGGUCCCCUUAUGUUGCUGCUGGCGGAUUUUUCCUCUGCUUGGGUUCGGUUAUAGUUCGUCCAGCUCCUAACGUGGCCACUCCUCCAUCUAGUGGUGUUCUCGGUGAUGCUAGCUUCAGUGGGGUGAGCAUUCCUAUAUGUAUUGUUGCUAUCGGUACUGCCGGUUACAGCUGGUUGAGCUACAGUUCUCUUAGCGACUCUACCCUUCCGGAAUUGGAGAGGCUGGAAAAGGACGCGACUACCAUGGGCCAAGAAAUAACGAGGUAUCAGUCACAACUAAAAUUGAUCUCGCUAAAAUGAGAGGUGAACUCUAAAUCUACUGAUUAACCCUUUAUACUGCCCCUUCAAGCCAGCUGGUCAACACUGAAAUUCUCUCUAAUGUUUCCGUACAGUCAUUAGAGUACUUGUUAGGAGAAUUGCUUUUAUAUUAUCUCGGUAAUUUCCCAAUAAUGAACAUUACCUAAAUCUUUGACCUAUCAUUGAUUAUGCACUCUUUUUUUUUUAUAUAAGAAUAUUGUUUUUCCGGCUGAGGCUGAAUAUUCUUAUUUUUCUCCCGAUUUUAGGCUUGUGAAUAUUCUUAGAUUAUAGCGUAUGCAUUCAUAAUUUGCAUUUUUAUUAUUCCGCAAUUUCACGCAUUUUUAUUCAUCGACGACUAGUUCAGGCAGUCGAAAGCUUGUAAUUUUUCAAUCGUUUCAGCCCGAGAUCGUUUUAAGUUUUUACCAUGUUUUAUCCUGGCUGCGCCCCUUCAAUAUUUUCACACACAAAAAAA